AUGGCUGCCCCCGUAACUAUACCAAAGCUUCUAGACUUGACGAUUGACAACAUCACUCCGAAUACGAUUCGGAUUAACUCGCAAUGUCAAAAUCCGCGCCUACGAUAUUUAAUGUCGCGGCUGGUGACGCAUCUGCACGACUUUGCUCGGGAGACGCGGCUUAGCACAGACGAGUGGAUGGAAGCGCUCAAUUUCCUCGUGGGCUGUGGACAGAUUAGUAGCGAUGUGCGCCAUGAAUUCAUCCUGCUCUCCGAUAUCCUAGGUCUCUCCUUGUUAGUCGACAGUAUCAAUCACCCAAAACCGCCGUCGUCAACCGAGGGCUCCGUUCUAGGACCCUUCCACACGCAUGACGCACCGACGCUGCCCAAUGGGUCGAACAUGGCAUCGGACCCCGAGGGCGAACCGCUACUGUGUAUCUGCACUGUAAAGGAUACGGCGGGGAGGCCCGUGGCAGACGUCAAGAUUGACAUAUGGGAGACGGACAGCAGUGGACACUAUGACGUGCAGCACUCCAAUCGCGGGGAGCCGAGUGAAAGAUGCGUUAUGGUAAGCGAUAGCGAAGGUCGCUUCUGGUUUAAGGGGAUCAAGCCCGUGAGCUACCCCAUCCCGCACGAUGGCCCCGUGGGGAAACUUCUGGAGAGACUAGGCAGACAUUGCUGGAGGCCCGCGCAUUUGCAUUUCAUGUUUGAAAAGGAGGGAUGGGAUCAUUUAAUUACGGCACUCUAUGCGCGCGGUGAUCCAUACGAGACAUCAGACGCAGUAUUCGGCGUGAAGCAAAGUCUAAUUAUAGACUUCGAGAAGGCUGAUGCGGCAACAGCGAAAGAAUAUGAUUUUAAGGAAGGGGGUUUACUACUGAAACAUGACUUUGUAUUAACGACGAAAGAGGAAACAGAAAGACUAAGGGACGAGAACGCAGUAAAGGCCCUUGCGCAGCUUGGUCUACAGUUAAAGCUUGUCGAUCAUCUACCUGUACCUGAAUUAGACUAG